GAUGCAGCUCCUCUACAUGGUCACAGUUUUUUUGAUAAGGUGCUACAAAAGGGUGGAAUAUGGGAUUUUAAGGUUAAUUGGGCCACUCAUUUUGCCAAUCGUGAUCAAGAAGUUGGACCAGGUGGGGAUCACGAUUAAUAAAGGGGGUCCGUGCGAUAUUAAGAAUCGAAAUUUCAUGACCAGCCAAGACACCGUGUACAUUCGUGCCAUAAAUGAAGGAAUCCUUGGUUUUGGCGAAUCCUACAUGGACGGGGAUUGGGAUGCGGAGGACAUUCCUGCCGUCUUUUACAAAAUAUUUGCCAAUGACGCCCCAAUUUUGAGAAUGUUUAUGAAUCCCUGGAACAGAUUUCUGUACUACAUGCAAUUCUCCUUCUUUAAUUUGCAAACUAAACAGAGAGUUUAUGAUGUAGCGAAAAUUCAUUACGAUUUGGGAAACGAAUUCUUCGAAAACAUGCUCGACUCCACGAUGAAUUACACCUGUGGAUAUUUCAAAGAUACCGACAACCUUGAAAAAGCCCAGCUCGCUAAGAUGGACUUUGUCGCAGCAAAGCUUGGAAUUAAACAGGGUAUGACUGUGCUCGACAUCGGGUGUGGAUUUGGCGGGAUGGCGCGCCACCUGGCGAUAAAUUAUGGCGCUACGGUAACAGCUGUGACAAUUUCGAAGGAACAGGCCACCUUCGCGCAACAAGCUUGCCGCGGACUUCCUGUCACGGUGAAGGUGAUGGAUUAUCGGGACGUGUCCGGAACGUAUGACCGUGUCGUUUCCUUGGGAGAUUUGGAACAUAUCGGGCCUGCGAACUACGGGACAUUUUUUAAAACUGUGUCGCGAUGUUUGAAGGAGGAUGGACUUUGUUUGAUCCACUGUAUGGGAAAUUAUCAUGACGUGAUGCCCCAUCAGGAACCAUUUUCGGCAAAAUAUGUCUUUCCAGGAGCGUGUCUUCCGUAUUAUACAGAGGUAAUGGGUUCCCUCCAAAAUUUAUUUCUAAUCGAAGACUGGCACAAUUUUGGAAACGAUUAUAAUCUCACGUCUGUCGCGUGGAGGGACAACUUUAUCAGGAACUGGCCAAAGCUACAACAACUGGACAAGAUUAAGUAUGACGACAGAUUUUACAGGAUGUGGACCUUCUACCUUGGCGUGGCAAUAGCGUUAUACAAAGCUAGAAAAAUUCAAUUAUGGCAAAUUGUCCUAAGUAAGCAUGGAGUCGUGGGAGGAUAUCGGUCCGUGCGAUAGGCGAAAAAAAAUUGCGAAUAAACAAUACAUUUCAUGACAAAAUAGAUACAUAACAAUGUUGUAUAUUUUAUAAUACUUUGAAUUUUAAUAAAUCAUUGGCACUAUUUAAUACAACUUAAACAAUACUAACUUAAU